GAGCCUCAGUCCCAUCGGUCUCCAUCGGUCCAUCCCAACUCAAGCCAGUGUCACGCAACAGCAAACAACAUCCUUUUCCUACCUACGAUCCGAUACCGAAUUUUCCGAGCGCACAAGCCAAACCAAAGCAAACACUGACGAUGUCGAUCGUGAGGCGGAGCAACGUGUUCGACCCCUUCGCCGACCUUUGGGCGGACCCCUUCGACACCUUCCGUUCCAUCGUCCCGGCGAUCUCAGGCGGCAGCAGCGAGACGGCCGCGUUCGCCAACGCCCGUGUGGACUGGAAGGAGACCCCCGAGGCGCACGUCUUCAAGGUCGACCUCCCCGGCGUGAAGAAGGAGGAGGUCAAGGUGGAGGUGGAGGACGGCAACGUGCUCGUCGUCAGCGGCGAGCGGAGCAGGGAGAAGGAGGACAAGAACGACAAGUGGCACCGCGUGGAGCGCAGCAGCGGCAAGUUCGUGCGGC